AACAGCUAGCUGGCAUUUUCCAGAGCUGAAUAAAAUCUGUUUUACUGGGGGCACUGGGCCUGUGUAUCCCACAACACACAGGAGUCAGUUCGCUCCAGGGUUUCAUCUGAAGAGACGUUACGGUUGAAGGAAAAAGUGGAGACCCACAACGCGCAGCGGCAAACCAGGACCUGGCCCGCUCUCCUCCAGUUCCUCCCUUCGAGUAUCGCUCACGCUCUCCAGUCGACCGUGGAGCGGUGGCGGGAGAUGCAUCCACAGCAUCCGCUGCCCCAGGCCAUGCCCUCCUCACUGGGCCAAAACCUGAGAGAUGCAGCUCUGAGGAUGGGCCUUGGCAAGAACCUGCUGGGAGGGAAUGUGGGUUAUGGAGUUAUCCAGUCUCUUAAAGAGUGUCUCUACUUCCUGCUCUGCUGCUGGUGCAUCAAAGAGAUCCUGGACUAAGAAAAAGUGCUUUUGAGCUGGUGAAUGAUUCAUCACAGAUGUGUUGAUGCUUUGGCCUGAAUCCAGAUCUCUUCACACAUGCAUAAACACUCAUGCCUCACAAAUAUUAGAGGCUGCUGUAGCAAUGCAUUUCAAAGAAGCGCAUCACACAGGCUUCAUAUGAGGAAUAUAGACCACGUCCCUGUCAACAUGCUGGUGGUAUUCAAACAUGUUUUAAAUUACACUGUU